AUGGUGAUAGCGACGAAGAUUCGUACCAGCAGCAUUAGCAGCAACAUUGAGGAUAGCAUUGACGCCAAGUUGUCGAACAUGUUCAUCGGCUCGAGCGGCAACAAGGACACCACCACCGGUGGAAUGGUGCCGGAACCGAUCGGUGGGACCGUUCGCCGUGCGCUCGUUGCCGCAAACCGUGAGGACCGUGCCGUCGUCGGAUUGUCCGAAUCGAUAAACGCCCUCUCGAAGACGCCGGAAGAUUUUCUCUUCUGCUUUCUGGCUGCUUCGGGAAAUCCGGCCAACCACAUGCAUCAGGUGUUGCUGGAGGCGUUCUGUUUCGAGCAUGACAUUUACAUAAUUAAGGUUGAUAGCGCAGAAAAGUUAAGUCGAAUGCUCGGUACGCAGCGCAUUGAAUCGUGCGCCUUGCUGCAGAAGAGCUGGUCCGAGGAAUGCAACGAAACCAUCACCGAGGCGGAGGACCAGCUCGUGGACUACUGCGAGGAACACUGGGAAUCGCCCAUUAAGCCCAUUGUUAAGCUACCGGAAAAGUAA